AUGUCAGAUACCAAGGCUAAUUCUCACCUCAUCUUCUUGAUUUCGACCUCCUUAGUGACCAUCCCAGAUUCCCAGCUCCAGUCCUGUGGAGCCAAAGACUGCCUGAUGGCUACCGUGGCUCCCAAUAACACCUCUAAACCCUCCAAGCAACUGAUCUACACCCUGCUGAGCAUCUUCAAUGGCAGCAGUAUCCUGGCUAUCUUACUGUUGAUCGUGUUUCUCGAGUCUGUGCAAGAAAGAAUGGAGAAUGAGGGAGAGGCAGGGUCCAGAUCACCACCUCUCUGGUCGGCUUUACUGGCCACCUUCAUGCUGUUUAAAAAUGACAAGCGUCUGCGCCUCCUGAUCCUCCUGCCGCUGUACAGUGGGAUGAACCAAGGGUUCAUCUAUGGAGAGUACACAAAGUCUUUUGCUACCUGUGCUCUGGGCAUCCAUUUUGUGGGCUACGUGAUGAUCUGCUUCUCAGGUGCCUCCUCACUGUGCUCCCUGCUGUAUGGGAAGAUCUCCAAAUACACGGGCAGGGCUGCACUCUUCGUGCUGGGUGCUGUCAUCCACUUCUCUUGCUUUAUCACCCUCCUCCUGUGGCACCCAAACCCGGCCCAUCUACCUGUCUUCUUUGUCCUCCCUGGCCUGUGGGGAAUGGCAGAUGCCGUCUGGCAGACACAGAACAACGCUCUUUACGGUGUCCUGUUUGGGAAGAACAAAGAAGCUGCUUUUGCCAACUACCGCCUCGGGGAAUCCCUAGGGUAUGUCAUCGCCUUCGGGUACAGCUCGUUUCUGUGUGUGAGCACCAAGCUCUACAUUCUCUUGGGCGUCUUGAUUGUGACCAUGAUGGCUUAUGGGAUUGUUGAGUACCUGGAACCCAAGACUACUAACAAGUCCGUGGCUACAGAAGACAAAAGCCAGGAAGAAAAAGAAGAAAUGAAAACAGAAAUGUGAGUGCAGCCACGCUAUGGCCAGAAACUCAGCCUGGAUCAGCAGAGCAUUCAGUAGAUAGACUCAGUCAUUCAUGAUUGUUUCAGCAAUAUGUGGACAUUCUGAUGAUCAUGUGUAUUUUCUACGUAUUUUCUUCAAUUUGACAAAUUCCCGUCCAUUUUUCUACUCACAGAGAUCAAGAGUAUAUGCAAAGGACUGGGAAUGUAGCCUAGUGCUGGUGUGCCUGCUUAGCAUGCACAAGUUCAGUCCCUAGUACUACAGAACCAAAGCAAUGACUAUGUACAGGGGCAGGGAAAUGGCUGUCAGUAAAGAGCUUUCCAGACCAAG